AUGAAACCCAACGAAAACGUGGCAAUAUUGACCAAGACAGACUCCGAGGUUAGCAGCCUCUCCCAGUCCUCACCGCCCCGCUCUCCUCGUCGGCUUGUAUACUACGUCCAAAGCCCUUCCCGUGACUCCUCCCACGAUGGCGAAAAGACCACAAACUCCUUCCACUCCAACCCACUCCAAAGCCCAUUGGGCUAUUCGCCUCACUCCCACUCCAACUCCUCGCUGGGUCGCCACUCUCGUAAGUCCGCCUCCACCCGCUUUUCCGACUCCCGCAAGAUCAGCUUCACCAAUCGCAAGGGCCUAUGGAGGCCCUGGAAGGAUCACUUUCACUUCCCGACAUUCAUCUUCGUCUUCCUGCUUCUCUUUACCUUUUUCUCUCUCAUUCUCUUGGCCAACUUGUUAGUGGUGGUAGGUGAUGCAUUCAAUUGA